CGAGAGGCACAUGUCUGGUCGAAGCUGAAGCAUCCGAAUGUCCUCAGCCUAGUCGGAAUAACUACCGAAUUUGACCUCACGAUAUCUCUAGUAACCACGUGGAUGGAGAAUGGUAGUGCUCGCGCCUUUGUACAAGAACGGCACAACGAUCCCCGCCCCCUCAUUGGGGACAUUGCUGCAGGACUUCAUUACCUGCACAAUCAUCCGAAAGGUCCAAUAAUUCAUGGUGACCUGAAAGGGGCAUGUUCCUCUGACAACGUGCUGAUCGCCCAAGACGGUCGGGCUCUUCUUACAGAUUUCGGACUCUCUAUCCAUCUUAACUCAUCCUUCACCAUGACUACACACCUUCCAUGUGGGGGUUCCUUGCACUGGAUGGCUCCAGAGUUGGUAGAUACAACUGGAACUGGAGACUUGCGUGCUACUGUUGAAAGUGAUGUUUGGUCCUUUGGCAUGACAACAUUAGAACUUUUCACUGGGAAAGCGCCAUACCAUGAGCAGAAGUCGAUUACAGCCAUCCUCUUCCGCAUUCUGGAAGGGCAGCCGACACGGCCAUCUGACGAAGAUACCAAUUUUCGUAUGACAGACGAAUGGUGGGCACUAUGCUCACGUUGCUGGAAUAACAAACCAUCUCGCCGCAUCAGCAUGUCAGACUCUAUCAAUUUGAUCCGGCAGGUCAGUGUAAAUAGCUUGCACUCCGUAGGAGAUUAA